GUUUCACAAAAUACACCGCCCGCUGUAAAUAAGAGACUGAGGACCGCACCCGGAUCCUGCACUUGGUGACUUUUGAUGGGGGUCUCUUAUUGUUACGUCCAUUUACCGGAAAGCUGCCUGCGCUACGCUGUCUCUUUUGCUACCACCUAUUACUGAUUAUUUUCUUCCGCUGCCGAUAGUGAGAGGCGGCCCUGUGCCCGGGCUGGACGGUACUCGGCAGCCCCGCUGUCGGAAUGUCCGCCCCGGCCUCUGAGUGCGAGCUGUGCGGGGAGUUGAGCUCCCGGAGCGGCGAGCGCCGCCACUUCACUGUCCGCACCUCCUGCACCAUCCCGGGCGUCCUGAGCGGAGUCCGCCUCCUGCAGCAGAAACUCCAGGCACCUCUGACCGAGCUUGUCCUGCAGGAGAAGCAACAGGGGCAAGGGCAGCGCUGCCCUGAAAGCCCGGCCUCCAGCACUGCCGAUGAAGAUGACAGUGAAGAUGAACCAGCUGAUAAAGGAGAUGGAGAUGCACCUCCUUCAAAAAGGACUAGGAAACAAUGUUGACUUACCAUCUGAAGCUGUCUAACUGCUCCAGUUUGUUUGAGAUGCUGCAAUGACGACUUCCUUUAAAAACACUCACCGGUUUAAAUUAAGGCGCUUCAUGGCUGCUCAACUUUUUCUAUUAAUUAAAGAUAUUUUUGAAAGUGGACAAAUUUUGAAAAACCUGACAUUUGUUUAUGCAAACCAUAAGUGAUAAUUCUAUAAUGUUCUUGUUUUUGCUUUUUCUUCAGAGAAAAUGAAGUCUUACAGACUGUCUGAGUGACAAGGACAGAUCUCCGUAGUGGAAAUCUUGUCUAAAGUAGAUACGUGAAUAGGAAUAUUGUGACUAUUUUAACAAAUUUUCAGUGAUUUUUAAGACAACUAAUUAAGCCUGCAAUUUACCCAUGUUCCCAUAGUGAGCCCUAGAUGAUUGCUGUUAGAUUGACAUUGACUCUGCCGAGAAGGCAGUGGGAGUUUGUAAUUAAAUUUCUUCAUUAAAAUGACUUACUGCCACGGCACAAUACUUUUCAUCUCUUGCUGGCUCAACUUCAGAAGUGUAGUUCUGAAAAGGUUGCGUAAUUGUAUAAAACGCUGUAAUACAAUCCCAAACUGAAAUCGGGCUUGAUAGCUCAUGCUUUUUUUUUGUUACUAACGUGAUCUCUCGCUGCAAUGUAUAAGUGUGCAGUGUUGCAGAUUUGGUUUUAACAAAAAAAGACACGUUCCUUUCAUGAAAAACUGAAUUAGAAUAAAUCAAACUUUUUACGUAUAACAUUUAAAGGUUUUGAAACACAGUAGAAAAUACAACCUCAUUAAUCCCAAAAGCAUUCCCUUACAAUACUCAAACGCCAGUGAGAAUGUUCUAUCCCACAUUGGAUUUGACCUAGCUGUGGCUUCAAUUCCCAGUCAUGAAAAUCUGUUGGCCUCUUCCUUAAUUCAUCUUAUAACGUGGAGGUGAGAAAUUUUAAGAGUUUUAACCAAACGCUUAGGGUCUAGAAUUUUUCAACUAAAUUCCUCACAAUGAGGUAACUUAUUAUAACAAUUCUAAACAAUCUUCUCCCUUUCACAUGAGCAACUACUUUAUACGUCCAGUUUUGGCCAAUUACUACGUGCAGAACUGACUUAAACUGAAACUAAAAUGCUAAUUACAAAAUUACGGGUGUUUUCCUUAAGCUUCCAAAAAUAACCCCAGAAUCUUCAAUCUGAAAGCAUUACUUCGGGAGAGUUUACAAGUGAACAAUGUAAAAGAAUUUCCAUUAACUUCCAAGUUUUUUUUUUAAGAAGUUUUAAAAUACGUCAUUAUGUCCACAGAACCAAUUAAUCAUUAAACUCCUUCAGGCACACACAGCCGGUAUGCCACUAGUUCAAAUUCAAAAAUAAAUUACAUUAAAAUAUCUAUGAAUUACAUACCUUACUACAAUCAUAACACUAGCUAACAACAUUAUUGCCAUUGGUUGAUGCUCUGUUGUCAAAUGAUCUCUUACAGGAAUAGAAUGAUUGCAACAUAGAACUCACCAUGUGUCUUAGCCUAGUACCACUCACCCCCUCCCAUCCGAUGUUCCUUUUAAGCUACAUGACUGCACGGUUGAUCAGAGGGUCUGGGCAAGCCAUCUGGUGUGUGAGCAUUGGGCAUCUUUGCAGCAGCAGAAAAACAUUAAAUCAUAGCUUUCACCUCACGUCGCAUGUUCUAACCGGUUAACUAUGCAACUCUUUUAAGGGCCUCAAAUUAUCUUGCUACCACCACUGUCAGGCAGUGCAAUGCAACUCUGAACAGUUCACCUUGUAUUUUUUAACAAAAUCUUCCAUCAAUGCUUGUUUUGACAAUCAUUUUAAAUUGUGUCCACUGGUUCUGAAUCCUUCCAUCAAUGGAAACAGUUUCUUCCCCAUUUUGCACUGUCCAGCCCUCAAGAUUUUGAAUAUUUCUAUCAUAUCUUUUUAAGAGGAAUGGUCUGUUUCUCAAAUCUAUCCACAUAACCAAAGCUUCUGAACCUUGAAUAAUUGUGAAUCUUUUCUACAUCUUCUCUAAUGCUAUAUCUCUCCUUCUGGACUCCAUACUCCACUAAAGGCUGAACCAAUGUUUUAAACAAAAACUGAAAUUACUGGAGAAACCCAGCAGGUCUGGCAACAAAUAUGGAGAGAAAGCAGAGGCAACGUUUUGGGUCCAGUGACCCUUCUUCAGAACUGAUUGUAGCUAGGUAAAGGUGGUAUAUAUGCUGAAGACAGGGGUGAAGGUGUGGGGAAAAAAAACGAUAGAUGGUGAUGGAGCCAAGAGAGAACAAUGUUUUAUGUAUUUUUUAAAAAAAUCAAACCUUCCUUAACAAGCAGUGCAAAAUCUGCUAUUCCUUAACCUAAUGAAAUUGUUGUAUUAUGAAUUUCUGGACUGCUAAUAAUUCUGUCAGCAAGGAUCCACAAUGCAUGUUAUGGUUGAAAUAAAGUUGAAUCUCUUACAAGAUUAAUAUUGAACCAGAGGUGCAAAAUUAGUUUGAAUUUUGGAUCAUAACUGCACUUUUAAAAUGUUUUCUAUGUUUGUUACAAGGUCCAUAUUUUAAGGAAACUAUUCCUCUACCCUCCUAUUUUGAUAGAUAGCUCUGAUUGGUCUGUUUACAUGUAAUAUUACUCGUUAGAAAUUUCUAAACUUUAUUUUCAUUACUAAGCCAAGGCUAGAAAGUUUACUUCUCUAGGGAUUACUGAUGUUUUUUACUUUUUAACUCAUCAAAAAUCACUUAAAACAAUUCUGUACUAAAACAAUAUUUAUUGUAUUUCAAAAGCAAAAGGACCAAAUGACAAUCAUUGAAACAAUUAUACAUCUUUAAUGUAUAAACAUAAAUAUUGUUUAUCAUGAUUCAGUUUCUAUUGACCUGGAUAUCUAGUUACUGUAAACAUGAAGAUAUUUCUACUCCAGGUAAUGUACAAAAUAAAUAGUAAACACAUGAGGAAAAAUAAAAUCUUCAUGGGCUGUAGAGUUCAUACAAAAUAAAAUGUGGUACUCAGCCAUGAAGUAGUACUCACACCUGGCUAUGUCUAUUUGCACCACAAAGUCUUUCAUAUAAAUAUAAAUUUACUUUGUCCCACAAUGAACCUGAAUCUUCUGCUGUCCCAUAUCCAAGCCAAUAUGGCCAUUUUUUUGCUGGUCAGUCACUGAGGUAAUCACAAGCAUGAUUCCUUGCUCAACACCUAUAUACAAUCAAUUUGCUAUGACUCUACGAAUAUGAUGGCACAUUGCAACGAAUUGUCAAUGCACUGACUAUUGAAACGCCUGAGAUCAGCAAAUUCCACAUAGAUCACGUAUUGAAUCAUCAAAAAUCACUUAAAACAAUUCUGUACGAAAACAAUAUUUAUUGUAUUUCAAAAGCAAAAGGACCAAAUGACAAUCAUUGAAACAACAACUCUUGGAACAGCCACUCUUUCAAUCACUUCCACUAGCACUUCCCCAAGGUACUACCCAGUGGUCAGCAGUAGACUUACCCGAAUCAUAAAGUAACUUUUGGAUCAUAUGUUUGGAGUUUAGUGGUCUAGUUAAGGAUUUGUUUGUAUCUUGAAAGAAAAGGAAUGUUUCUUCUUUCAGAACUUUGUAUGUUAAAAACAUUUGUUUCUUAACAUUAGCUUUCUUUGAUUUGGAAAUUGUGUCCAGAAGAUCAAGAAUCAUGUGACUUUUUAAACAUCAAAUACAGGGCCACCAAUUGCUAUAAAUGCAAUAAAAGUGUAUUAAAAAGAGGUAGACUAUUGCUAUUGAAAAAUGUAUUGGGUUAACUUGAUUGCUUGAACAAUCUCUAGGUUUCUAGCAGUUUCAAGUAAAACAAUUCUACAUGAGGAGAAGACACAAGGGAAUUAAAUGCCACAAGUUAGUUUUGCAUGUACUCAUUUGCAUGGCUACCGUGCACAAAGUACUGAAACAG